AUGAAAGACGACUUUGCUGAUGAAGAGGAGGUGCAGUCCUUUGGAUAUAAGAGGUUUGGUAUUCAAGAGGGGGCCGAGUGCACCAAAUGUAAAAAUGACUGGGCCUUACGUGCUGCCAUCGGCCUGCUCUACGUGCUCUGUGCCUUGCUCACCAUUGCCGUGGCUGUGCUCGGAUUCAAAGUGGUUCAGAAAAUGGAUAAUGUGACGGAAGGUAUGCAAAACUACGGAGGCAAGAUCAUCGAAGUCGAGACUGAUCUAAAGAAAUUUGGAAAUCGUUCAGGUCAGAAGUCUGUGAACGCCACCAGUGAAAUCCGCACGUUUAAAUCGGACCUGGAGACGUUGAGGAGGCAGCUGGAUGAGAUCGCACUCAAAGCCACAAAGAACCGGGACGUCCUGGAUGAGCUGCGCCUCACGGGGGGCGACAUGCAGAGCAGCCACGCGUCUCUACGGGACAUCCUGGACUCCAACGCCGCCUCUCUGCACUCCGUUAACCAGAGCCUGACCUCCUACAGCAGCAUGUUGGACAAUCUGCAGACAGACACAGCGUAUCUGCAGUCAGAGAUACAGACGCAGGUGAAAGCGCAGGGAGAGAGCCAGGUCACCAUCAGUGCUCUAAACAUCAGCCAGACCCAGCAGAGGAACCUGAUGACCAGUCUGCAGAGGACUGUGGAGGACGCGGGUCAAGCAGUGCAGAGGCUCAAGAACGACUAUCAGGGGCUGCAGCAGACUGCGCGCCAGGCUCGCUCGGACACAGAGUGGCUGAAGGAGAAGGUUCAGAACCUGCAGGUUUUGGCCGCGAACAACUCUGCUCUGACACGCUCAAACGGGGAGGCGCUGGAGGACCUGGGGGCACAGCUCAACACUUUGGCCAGUCAGAUCCAGAACGCCUCAGCCCUCACCGAGGUCCACGACCGGAGCCUCAGAGAUUUGAUGGACCACCAGCGGGACCACGACAACAGCACCUCAGCCCGCUUCGACGAGGUGGAGACACGCUUAGACCGGCAUGAGAGCGACAUGGACCGAGUGACGGGGAAUGUGAGCUUCUCCUCUCAGCUGCUGGGCGCUAUCAGCUCCGACCUGAACGGGAUGAGGGCAUGUGCGGAGACCGUGAUGAAGCAUACGGACCUGAUUGCGGCUCUCAACAGCAGCGUGACUGAGGCGAGCACUGACAGCAGAGACCUAAAGGCCCAACAGGAGGAACUGAUGGCACGUAUGGACAAAGAGGUGACCAGUCUGUCCACCAUCAUGGAGGAGAUGAAGCUGGUGGACAGCAAACACUCUCAGCUCAUCACCAACUUCACCAUCCUGCAAGGGCCUCCGGGGCCGAGAGGGGCUAAAGGAGACAGGGGAGCACAGGGUCCUGUCGGUCAGACUGGACCCAAGGGCGACAAAGGAGACAAAGGUCCUUUGGGGCUUGUGGGACCUAAAGGGGAAAGAGGAGCGCCUGGUCCAACAGGUGGUGUGGGGCCUAAAGGUUCUGCUGGAUUUCCAGGCCUUACAGGGGUGAAAGGGUCCAGAGGAGCUGGGGGCCGACCUGGAGCAUCAGGAGAGAAAGGCGACCCUGGGCCUCAGGGGCAGCCAGGCCGGGACGGCCUCACUGGACUACAGGGUCCUCCAGGAGAGCCAGGGGUCCGAGGAGCCCCAGGGCCAGCGGGUCAGGAUGGUCCACGUGGUCCUGUGGGCCCUAUUGGUCCUCCUGGUCCCCCGGGUUUACCAGGACUCCCAGCUCCGCCCCCUCUCAUCCCACAGCCUCGGCCCACACAGCUCCCCAAACCCCCAAAACCCCCCAAACCUGCAUCCACAGUGAUGCCUGAAAGUACAGUGGACCGGCAGAUUCAGCCGACUGAGCCACCUGCUCCAGUUCCCGGCUGCCCCCUAAACUUUAAAAAGUGGAGAGGAAGCUGUUACUAUGUUUCCACCGCUGCUCAAAGACUCAGCUUUGAUGAGGCCACCGCGUUCUGCAGCAACAUUUCAACACAUUUGCUGAUAAUCAAUGACAUUGAUGAGCAGCAAUACAUUCAAAAAUCUAUAACAGGGAAGACGUACUUUUGGCUGGGCCUCACGGACAUCGAGAAGGAGAAUGAGUGGAAAUGGGUGGAUGGGACUGUCCCUGAGUUCACGAACUGGAAGCCUGGGCAGCCUGAUAACUGGACCCACGGACACGAGAAAGGAGAGGACUGUGCUGGACUCAUUCACCAGGCCAAGUGGAACGACUUCUACUGCACAGACCGCAUCGGCUUCAUCUGUGAACGCACCGCUGACGAUGUUCCAGUUUUAGUCAUUCAGUGGUGA